CCCCUCCGCCCGCGAGUUCGUUCAGGGAGAUGUCGUCAAAGCGCGAGAACGGGUCGGACGGCGAGGGGCUCGGAGCCGAGGGAGGCGUGCCUCCGUCGCCUCUAUACGCCGCCCCAGUCGUCUGCCUCCUCCGGUCCGCCGGGGACUUCGGCGCCGGCGCCUUCGUCGGAGGCGUCGUUGGAUACGGGCAAGGUUUGAUCACUAAGAAGGGCUUCAAGGGCUCACUCAGCAAUGCAGGCUCGGCUGCCAAGACUUUUGCAGUUCUCUCCGGCGUCCAGAGUUUCAUUGUGUGCUUAUUGAAAAAGCUACGCGGGAAAGAUGAUCUUGUCAAUUCUGGCAUUGCUGGAUGUUGCACUGGCCUUGCCUUGAGCUUUCCAGGAACACCUCAAGCAUUGCUUCAGAGCUGCGCCACCUUCGCAGCAUUCUCUUGCAUAAUGGAGGGGCUGAACAAGCAGCAGGCUGCAAUGGCCCACACGCUCCGAGGAAACGCUCUGACCUUUGCGCACGAGAAAGGCGGCGUUCUCCCCCCUUUCAUGCUUCCGCCAAUUCUCGACGCAUCAGAUGCUCUAGCUUCUUGCUGCCAGACCUUGGUGAAGCCCAAGCACUAGGCAACAUCGUAGGGAGAGAAAGAGAGAUGAUCAGUAAAAACCUUAGCUCCAGACUUCCUUCGCGUAUGUAGAUUCGUUUCUGGAAUUGUCAAGAGUGUAGAUUUGCUUCCUUGCCAGGUUUUUCUUGCUGCAGAACGCUGUAUGUGCUUCUUUGAGAUUGUAGCUGAUAAGAAUUAUGAAAUUUCCGUCGCCCGACCUUCGUGUUCGUGCUUCUGUUAACAUCUGAGAUAUGGUUUGUGACAGUAAGAAUGAAGUGAUGGCGGUUCUUCA